AUGAUAAAAAACGCGUCGCCACUGCAUCCUUACAACAUUGAUGCACCAAUGGGAACAUCUCUGUGGAGAAUAGGGCGCAGCUCGCAGCAUCGACCCUCGCCAGAGUGCCACACCACCGUUCCAGAUGUCGUGGCCACUGUUGCCACUGACUCGAUGGAUUCACACCAUAAUUCCACAGAAGAGAAGCCGUCGUGUUGCCCACGUCUGAGAACACCCGUGAGAGGUGAUGACUACGAUGGUUUGUUUUCACACGCGUGGUGGCGUUGUAGUAACUGCGUACACGACCCGGGAUUACUUGCCUACGGCCUCCAUCGGACGGCUGCACUGUCAUCCUUUCAGGCUGCUCAACAGCAAACCACAUGCGCUGCACGGCUGAAUGGCUGUUCUCAUCACGCCAAUCUCGGUGGUAACGACUGCGGAGGGUCAUAUAAUUUUGUUAGGGGUUGCUGCGGGAAAUUCGGCUGUGGCCACCUUCCGUGUCGCGCAACCGCUCAUGGCAGCGUGGCUGAAGGAGUCAACCCUAUGCGGUAUUGGCCACAGACAAACGAAUACCACUCAUAUAACUACCCCCAUGCCGCGGGGCGUGCGCACGAGGCGUCCGAAUUAGCGCCGUCAGGAAAGCCAACGACGCGGGCGUGGUAUCAAGUGCCCUGUGACACAAGUGAACUACAUCCCCUUAGUCAGCCGUACAAUAUUUCGGAACGUCCGUCCACUCCACAGUGUGAUGCCGCUACGGCUUCUGGGGGAGUGGAAGCACCCGACUGGUUAACCAGUCGCGCUCGGGCCCGGUAUGAGCAGAGCAGGUCGCGAUCGCCGGUGUGCACGCCAUGUCGUUCCUCCCCUGUAUUGGGCGGCGAUGUGGAGGGAGCCCGAGGUGAAGCAUUUGCCAUUCAUCGAUUCAGUUGCCAGUUGGAGUCGUUGCAGCGGCGACUGGACGCAUUGGAAGCGGAGUGUGUGGUGAAGUCUGGUGUUAUGCAUGGAAGGCCACCACCGCAUGGAGUGGGAGAAAUGGGAUCGGUAUACACGGCGGAUGAGUGUCCGAGCAACCGCAGCACUGCCGUAGCGCCGACUCCCUCAACCCCAGCAACACCGCCGCCUUUGCCACCGGAGCCGAAGAUGUCACCGAUGGAUUCUGCAUCUCAUGAAGGGACAACAAUGAAGUCACCGCCCUAUCGGCAAGUGUGGCCGCACUCGACACCAUCGUCACCGACUGCAGGCGCGUCUGACAACGGCGGUGGGAUUACACUUGAGCGUCUCAUGCGGGCAGUGCGUUCGGCAAGGGAGCGGGCAAGGCAGCAGGACUGCCAAACUGCAGCCUCAUCAAAUGCAUAG